AUGAUUCGAUCACGAAGGCCAAUACGGCCUGCCAGUAUCAAAUUUGAUUCAGCAGCUUGUCUGCUUUGUCAAUGGCGCGCAUUCAGUACUUCGUAUCGCCGACUCGCCGAGAUUGAAGCUCCAGCACCUCCUCCUAAGCCUUCAGGCCCCCUCGACGAUGCUCCAAGAUCUUACGGCAAAGCGGUCUCCGAAUUUACCCCUAAGCCGCUCAGUAGGCCUAUAGGUCUCCCGAAUCCACCAAGGCCCGGAGAGAAUACUGGGAUAGACCCGAGGACAUGGAGACAAAGGAGGGCCGAUUUUGUGGAUUACGACAAACAUCUGAUAAGGAGGAAAGUGCUUACACAAAAGAUAUCAACCCCAUAUUUUCGAGAAUGGAGCAACAUGCGCAUGCACAAAGGGAAAUCUUUCCUUGCUCCCCCAGGGCUUUUCAAGCGAGAGAAAGCUCUAUAUUUCCCAAAUUUCUAUGGGCAGACGUUGCUUAAGGACAAAAUCCACCGAGACACAACUCCAUUACUGGAAGACAAGAUCUCCAUUGUGAGCGUUUUCAGUAGUGCGUGGGCUGAGAACCAAGCAGCAACUUUCGCGUCACAGAAGAAUAAUCCGGAGCUCCAUGACGUUGUCAAGAAUAGCGGUGGAUUGGCACAAAUGGUUCAGAUCAAUGUUGAGGAGAAUGCUCUGAAGGCAAUGAUUGUAAGGUUGUUCAUGCCAGGUUUGAGGAAGAGACUUGGAGUUGACAAUUGGGGCCGGUAUUUCCUGGUUCGAAAAGGCAUCUCGGAUCAAAUCAGGGAUGCGGUAGGGUUACUGAAUAGCAAAGUUGGAUAUACGUACCUAUUGGAUGGAGAGUGUAAAAUUAGAUGGGCAGGAAGUGGUCCUUGUGAAGGGGAUGAGAAAGAAGGCCUGGUCAGAGGCACCAGGAGGCUGAUUGAAGAGAUGAAGACCAAAAGGAAAGAGAAGCCGACGCCGCUCCCACAAAGGCAGAUUCGGGAAGGACAAACCCAGAAAGCCGCAGCACCUGCGGCAUGA